CCGGUGUAUAAUGUCUUAAACCCCCACAUCCAAUGUUUUGAAUACAAUACAGCGCUUCACACCUUAUCGGCUUAGAUCAACACUGUUUCAGAGUGGAUUGAAUUGAGGUUUUGGGUUUUACAAUGUCGAGGGAACCGCCAUCCUCGGCCGCUCCCCCUCUUGUUCCUCCCCGUCCCCCCCCCUCCUACUCCUCCUCCUGUACGUGAAGGGGUUAAAAAAUCAAAGAGAGCAGACCCAGCAGAACUGAUAGCCAUGUACGAGGCAAAGGGGCUGAGCUCCACAGCAGCAUCUCACCAGGCCAUUCUCGACUUGCAGAAGGUUCUUUCUAAAGUGGUAUCUCAAGUAAGGACUUCCCCAACGCGCAGGAACGAAGCUUUCAAGUCGGAUAUAAACACGCGCCUCGCCAUACUAGAAAUGAAAGUUGAUUCAAAGCCAGGGAUAGGCCAAAUGUUGGGUCUUCAAGUCGCAGCAACCGCAAUUGUACAGACCGCUCCUCAUGUUUUCAGGGCCGUUGGGAAUAUGUGGAGCAGUGUGCGGAACUCUACCAAGCCCUAACUUUGGAAGCAGAAGUACAGCUGAUUGAGGGGUUCUAGCCAAUACUUACAACUACACUACAAAACUAUCAGUUGAUUGUGGAAGAGUAUAUUCUGUUGAAAGGUUUUUGAAUUGGCUACACGAUAGGGUGUUGGUGGAUGUGAAUUGUUUUUAAAAUUUUAAACAAAUAGACAUGUUUGAUUGUUCUUGGCGUUUAAUUGUACACUGUUCAACUUCCAUAUUUAUAGAAUCUUAGCAUUGCCUUCA